AUGACCACAUACCGAAACAUGUACGCAUGGGAAGAGAUCUUAGGAGAACGCCUCCCGGUUCUGAUCUCACGUAUCGGUAUGAGUGGUGGUAAUACUGGGUCUGCUGGUCAGCGGCAACAGCAAACGGGUCCUAGAGCUUCUCGUUUUGCUGAAGGUCCUUUCGACGAGUCUGAAUAUGACAACGAUUCCGGUUCUGACUCCUCUGGAUCUACGCCUACGCCCGCCCCUGAAACUACUCGUGCCAAGAAACAGGAUGGAGAGAAUGGGGAGCCCAAGGAGUCCCAAGAGCCGCUUUACUUGUUUGUAGUAUUGCAUCUUUUGCUUUUGCUGGCUUGUUUGAUAUAUCUGGUUAUAAACUUUGGGCUGAGAUUGGGGUAUAAUGUGUAG